AUGGAGUCGAUCAACAACAUCCUCUUUUCUCCCAGCUCCAUUCUAGUGGCCUUGGUGACUGUGGCCAUUUUGAUCAAUAAAGCAUGGCCUCGCGUCACUAGAUCAAAACAAAACAACAAAGUCGCUGGAUAUACUUCAGAUCCAACCAGCACUCAGGGUCUGAGUGUUUCAAAGGAGACCGAGAUACCCGAAGGAUGGAUGACCGAUAGUGCCAUCUUCGAGCUCGAACGCCGCGGGUUGUUCAGUCAAACAUGGAUGUACCUUGCUCACAGUGCGCAAUUCACCAAGCCUGGCAUGUACCAAUCAUUUGACAUGGCUGGCUUUCCAGUCUUUGUGAUUCGUGGUAAAGAUGGGAAGAUCCGCGCGUUCCACAACGUUUGUCGCCAUCGUGCCUACACGAUCACCAGAAAAGAGACAGGUGCAUCGACUGUUCUUGGUUGUAGGUAUCAUGGAUGGAGCUACGAUACAACAGGUCGGCUCGUCAAGGCUCCUCAAUUUGAUAACGUGCCGGGAUUCGACAAGUCGCAAAACAGCUUGUUCGAAAUCCACGCACAUACCACUCAGCAGGGGUUGGUUUUUGUCAAUCUCAAUGCCGAGGAACCAAGUCCUUUGGAUGAUGAGGCGAUGUCGAAACUGAAUGGAUUCUCUGUCGCAUCCGGUUUGCAACCUGGCUCUGUUUGGGUCGCCGGUCAAACGCUGUCAGCUGACUUCAAUUGGAAAAUGGGGAUGAAGCCCUCCCUUCUUGAAUCUUUCGCCACAGAAUUAAAGAGCAACCUGCCUGAAGCAUUUGGACGUUCUACUGUCAAAGACGCAGUGAGACACAUCUUCCAAUCGAAUCCACUGCAUGAAAGCUACCAUUUUCCAACAACACUCUUCCAUUAUUUCGUGGAUACCAAGUUUUGGUUUGCUUUAUCUUUCUUCCCUGCAUCCGAAAGCAAGACGCACAUCCGAUAUGACAUAUUCUCACAUUCCUCUGUUGGCGAAGUGAAAACAAAAGCCAUAUCCGCGGGCCUAGAGAAUGCAUCAGAUAGACUCAAGCGAGAGAUCGAGAAUGAUUAUCAUUCAGUGACCAACGGACAACAUCUACCAGCUGAAUUUGAGAAUCAAGGCACCCGUGAAGCCCUUCGUCGAAUCUCUGAGCAUAGAAGAUUGGAGAAAAUGCAGGGGAGUCAGAUCUACCCUGCGAUGCGGAAGUCAAAGGGAAGCAACUUGUUCCAGCAGGCCGAGAAAGUGUGCAGUGAGCUGGACUGCGUGAGUGGUGGGUCCAAAAAUGGAAAUUCAUCAACUGUACUCGAUUGGUGA